AUGGAGGACAACUUCUCCGAGCUGUUCCCCGGGGACGGCGACCCAGACAACCUGAGACAGUACCUGAACCAGGGGGACAUCAAAUUUGAGAAUGAAGAUCUGAAGAGAGAAAGAGAACAAAUAAAAAACGAUCCCCAAUUCGUGCAAUGCGUAAAAAACAUAUGGACGAACGUGCUAAACAAACCUAUGGAUGGAAGAUUCACCAAAGUGGAGUACUUUAAAAUAAUGCUCCGAAUCUGUAAAGUGCUAAUACCUCAAUUUGAUAUCAAAGAGGUCAUCAAAAUCGUGAGUGACGAAUGGAACAAUGAUUGUAAAGGGAAUAGGUAUUUAACCUUUGAAUCUUUUUUUAAUGCGUUCUUCGAACUGACGGAUAUUUGGACGCCGACAAUAAAUGCUAGUGACUAUGCUCACUUUCUGAAGACGCUAUUUUACAGAAUCACCUUCAUCGAAAUUAGGAAGAAGAAUGGAGAGAUUGUAAAGAAAAAACCCGUCAUUAUGAUACAUUUUAGGAGAAAAGAAGAGAUGAAAAAGCUAUCUCUUUUUGACAACCCAAUUUUGGGUUCUAAAAAUGGACAUAAUGAGGAGGAGGAUGAUAGAUGCAACAGCUUCAUCAAAAAUAUGAAAUCUAUAAAAAGGCUAUCCAGCCAAGUGGAACAAUUUAAGAAGCAAUUCACAAAACGGUUUAGCGAUAGCUAUAAGAUUCAGGACUCCUUCCUUUACGAUGAUGAUCUGGAUGGACAAGACAUAUUGGAUCGCAACUUGUUUGAAAAUAUACUCAACAAUAGGCAUCAUGAUUCGUAUUUGCAGAAAAAUAUUGUUCUGCUUGAUGUGGACGAGAUAAACCCACUGGAGUACCUCGAUGGGACAGACUCCCAGGAGGGAGACUCCUCCCCCAGGGGGUACCCGCGCGACGGUGAUUACGCCGCCAGUAGGGAUGGCCGCCUCUCCUCAGCGGACAAAGGAAGGACCAAUGAAAAGUCAAAACCGACGAAAGAACAGAAGAACCAACUGAAAGAUGAUCCGACGAAGAGGAAAAAGGAACUAUGCAGCGAGGCGGUGGAAAAGUCUCAGUCAGGCAUCCCGGGAAGCAUCGAAAAAAGAAACACCUUCACCUUCGCAGUGAAAACGGGAAAGCAGAAUGAGGAAGACGAGGAGGCGGACAAAGGAAGGAGGAAGACAGAGGGAUCCCUAGCAGACAAAAAGGACGUACUGAAGGAAAUUCAAGAGAGAACCAAGAGGUCAAGCGGGGAUGAACCGGGUGAACACGGUGAAGCGGAAGAGACGGGCCCCGGUGAAGGAGAAGGGGCCGCCGCCGCUCAAAGUAACGAAAAAAUCAGCCUGGAAAACUCCCUCCUCAUUGACGGAAUAAACUUUGCUGAAUUCACUAAGGAGUGCAAAAUCGUCGAUUUGGAUGACCACGAGGGGGAUGGCGCUGCCGAUGGGAAGGACAUCGAUGCGGAGGAGAGGGGCCCCUUGAGUGACCUCAACCCGACGGAGAAGAGGCAUUUCCUGCGCCUGGACUCGAACCUGGAUUUUGGAGAGGAGACGCUUAGGAAGGGGGCGCGGGAGGAGUUCCCCCAUCUGGGCCAGGAGGGGGAUCAUCAAGAUGGGGAAGCCGAAGGGGAAGCAAAGGUAGAAGGAAACGUAGAAGCAAAGGUAGAAGGAAACGUAGAAGCAAAGGUAGAACGAAACGUAGAAGCAAAGGUAGAACGAAACGUAGAAGCAAAAGUAGAAGGAAACGUAGAAGCAAAGGUUGAAGGAAACGUAGAAGCAAACGUAGACGCGAAUGGCGAAGCUGCAGGCGAUGUGGAGGGCAACUCAGCGGAUGACCUAGGCAGGGACGACCCCAGGCAAGGCUCCCCACGAGGAAGAGGAAAGAAGAAGGGCAAGAGGGGCGACACUCAGAGAGGAGGAGAAGAAGAAGAAGUGCAGGGAGAUAUAGGCUCAUCGGUUGGGGAAGGAAAAAAGACCGCUACCCCACGUGAUGAUGACGAUGAAGUGUCAACUCAGAGAGGUAAAGGCGACAUCCCUUCGGGGGAAGAAGCCUCGCUUGUGAAGCGACUCGAAGAGGAGUCUCACAAGUCUGAAGAGUCUGUGGUACAGAAAGGGGUCAACGAGGGAGGAAGUCCUAGUCCAACCAGAGGGGUAGAAAUGGAAGAAGCUAAGGAUGACCCGCAUGGGUCGGAUGAAGAAUACGUGGAUGUGUUGAGAAGCAAUUUGAGAGUAGCGGCGGAAGCGUCGGAAGCGGCGGGAGGAGAGGACAAAGAGAGCGCGCCGAACGAUCAGCGAGAAGGUAGAUCGAAAAAAUCAAUCGAUCUGCUUAAGGCUAAGAACUACCUCGAGAAUGAGAAGCGCACUUUGGAGGAGCUAAAGCAGGAGAAGGACAAAUUAAGGAAGGGGGAAAAAAACGAUACCUCGCUGGGGGAGCUGUUCGAUGAAAGUCGGACCCAAUUGGAAAGACAACUCAGCGUGAAUGACAUUGACGGUGCAGCAAAGAGAAAGAAGAUUCUCCUUGGAGAUGGGUCAAGCGGUUCCUCCUUCAACAUAAAGGACAUUUCGUUUGAUGACAAGUUGGAUAAAGAAGUGAGGACGAAGGAAGAGGAGGAGAAGCACGAGGUGAAGCGCCAGCGGGAGGAGGCGGCAAAAGGGGAGGACGCAGCAGAAGAGGGGAAUGCAGCAACCGGGGGCAGUAUCGCUGAACACGGGGAUGACGCAGCCCAAGAGGGGGAUGCAGCAACCGGGGGCGGUAUCGCUGAACACGGGGAUGACGCAGCCGAAGAGGGGGAUGCACAGCUUAACCAGCAGAGGGAGCUCCUCCAAACGGUGAACAAAGACAUGGCCAAUAAAAUGGAUUCCUACAAAGGGAAUGUUGAUAUAUUUAUGAAGAAAGUGAAACGGAGGAGCGCUUCCAAGGGGGAGACAACCGAUGAGCAUGUUAAUCGCGUUGAUCUUCCUGAUCAGUCCGAGGAAGAGGACGCAGUGUGGGAGGACGAAUCAGCGGAGGGAGACUCCCAGCUGAAUCGAUUCGGUAGUGCGGAUAGCCAAGGGGAGACAAACAUCUCCAAGAUGAAAGACGAAUUGCUCCAAAGCCUAGAAAUUAUAAAAAACAUCGAUGAAAAGAACAGAGAUGAUAGAAGCGGGACCUCCCCAUUCGAUAUCAAUAGAACCUUUAGUGAGAUGGGAAAGAUAUUAAAUGAAGUCAUAAUUCAAAGUGAGGUGGCCGUUUUGAAGAAGGGCCAGGAAGAAGCGCUGUUAAGGAGCGGCUCCCCAACAGACGAAUCGCAACUCCUGGGGGAUGAAAUUCAGGAUGAUCUCGUGAAGGACAUAAUCCGUAACGAAGACGCUGUGAGGAGUAUUCUCUUUGAUGAUGACGAAGUGGAGGGAGGUGGACACACUGGUGUGGGAAGCUAUACGGCGGGCCAGAGCCAAACGGGGGCAUCCCCCACAUCGACUCGAAACGAAGGGAAAGAAGCUCUCCUAGAGGGGGGACUUCAUACUGGCAUAGCUGACGCAGCGCCGAUUGAUGAUCAGCACGCUGUGCAAAGGGUAUCCACUGAUGGUGAGAAAGACUUGGCGAGUCAUCCCGGUGAGGCGAACCGUGAAUCAUUAGAAAACAGUGUAAAGAGUGAUGGAAAAAAUGACGUCGUAGGCUACCCCGGCGGAGUGAAACGGGAGUCAUUAGAGAGGCGCAAAAGGGACCGGUCGGACGAGCAAGUCAUCAAGGAGCAGGGGUCUCGAGGACGUGCCAUGAAAGGAAUGGAAACACCUGGAGGGGUCAUCGAAAAAGUGGAGGCUACAGUAGGGGCCAUGAAAGGAAUGGAGCCGCCUAGACAUAUGAUCGCAAAAGUGGAGACACCUGGACAAGCCACCAAAAAGGUGGAGGCUACCGAACGGGCCAUGAAACGAGAGGCGUCUCCUGAACAAGGCGGAGAGGGAGGAAUGACGGAGGGAAGCAUCACGGCAGGAGGUAUAACCGCAGAAGGCAUAACCGCAGAAAGCAUUACCACGGGAGGUAUCACAGCGGGAGCCUUCACCGGAGGUGCAUCGCUAGUGCAAGCACUAACUGGGGGAGCAACGGAGGAGGGAGCGGCUAACCUCGCUGACAUGGUUAACCAUGCUGAGACGGCCACCCCUGCUGAUAUGACCACCCCUGCUGAUAUGACCCCCCCUGCUGAUAUGACCACCCCUGCUGAUAUGACCACCCCUGCUGAUAUGACCACCGCCGCUUACACGGCCAACGCCGCUGACACGGCCAACGCCGCUGACACGGCCAACGCCGCUGACACUGCCAAUGCCGCUAACAAGGGCAACCGCUCCAAGACCAAGUACCUGCUCAUAGAGGAUUCUCACAAAAUGAGACACUUCAUCAAAAUAAACAGAAGGAAGAAGAAGGAAAAUUUCGUAAUCAUGUCCAGGCGGAGAGAAAGCUACGUCUACCGUUUUGCGAAAAGAUUAAAAGUGGACCUCAUCGAGCCGUCUCUAGUAUUGAGAAAAAAUCUAACAUUGGAAAAUCACUUUCUGUCUCCACUGGGGAAGUUAAUCAAUGAGGAGUUAAGGGAUGGAAAAAGCAUCGACUGUAAGAAGGUGAUGGAUCUAACGUUAGAAUCUCUGAAUAGUAUCAUUUCGAAAAAUAAUGGAUCCCUUCUCUACUUGACGGGCAAGUUUCUCCAUUACGGUGAGUACUUUCUCCACAAAUGGAAGAAGCUCUCCUCUUUGAAUUACCUCAAUUAUAUGACUUUCCUGAAUCUGAAUUUGGUAAAAAAUGUACGAUCGGGGGAUGGGAUCGUUGUGUCUAACUUUCUCCUGGAGGAUCGCCACUUGAUUCUUGCCAAUCCGUUUAAGGACAGCUUCCCCUGUUUCUGUGUCCUUCUGCAGGAUCACGAGGGGGUGGGUAGGAGCGAAGAACGAACCCACGUGGAGGGCAUCUACGAAGAGCUGCUGAACCGUUUCUGCGGAAGGAGUUGUUCUGAACCCCUCCAGAUGAUAAACGUUGAUGGGGGGGAUGUGCAUCUGGGUAGCAAUUUAGGUAAAAAGAGGAAGCAAAAGAGGAGUACCUCAUCCGGAGUCGCCCCUUCUGUGGGUUCUAGCGAGGGGGACGAGGCAGAUUCGCAGGGACAAGGUGAUGGCCCCUCAGGGGAGGAUUCAGAGGGGGACUCUACAAAUGAACAGGGUGAUGCAGAGGACGAAGAGAUGCUGCGGGUGUUACAGAGGGAACGGCUGCCGGACGCCACGGAUGCUACGGAUGCUGCUAUCGCUGCGAACCUCUCCGACCCACCUGAAACGGUCGAUGAGGACGUGGGCGCAGAGGAAGAGUGCCUGACCGUGGGGGGGUCCGAGGAAAACUACGCCCAAGGGGGGGGCGCCACGGAAGAGGAUGACACAGGGGAGGAUGAUACAGAUGACGAUGAGACCGAUGAAGAUGAUACAGAUGAGCAUGAGACCGAUGAGGACAGCACCGAUGGAGAUGACACCGACGAGGAGGGAAGCAAGGCCACCUCCCCCCGUAGACAACCCAGCAAAGAAAACAUCCACGCAAAGCGAACUUCCCGCGGAAUCCUAAACGUAGAAAAUAUAAGUGAAAAAUACUUGAGCCAAAUGAGUAAAGAAAUGUGUUACGUUUACCGGUGCGACGACCCCGAGAAGUACUACAGGGAUUAUUAUGCUGAGUUGAGGAGAAGCAUCAGCUGCAUGAAGCUCGAGAGGGACAUUCGCCUGCUGGUUGAGGGGGUCAGCGAGUUGCACAAAGGGGACACCGCCAAUGGGGGAAGCAGUAGUCAUGAGCUGUCACCACCAGAGGAGGGGGGACACGUAAAAGGAGACUCAGCAGGCGAAGCAGGCGAAGCGGACCAAUCGGGGGGACGAAAGGAAGAAGAUGUCGCCCGCGCGGUGGCGGAAAAGUUUGGCAUCCGACUCAUUCGCGUGGAUAUGGUUAGCCAGAGGAGCAUCGGAAGAAGCGGCAAAGGGGACCGACGCGACGGACAAGACCAACGCGACACACCCGAUGAGGACACCCUCUGGAAGAUUUUCCACGUCAACAUGAUCCGAAAUCAAUUUUCUUACCAUCUUAAAAAUAACUUCUUCCCGUUCAAGUACUGUCCGGAGAAGGGGUCUAGCGUUUUGGUGGUGAACCUAAAGAGGAGGAUCCCGGGGAGGGAGUCCCCAUUGGAAGACACUGCCCGCAGGAAAGAAGGAGGAGGCGAUACGCUGGAAGGCGCCAUUGGAGUUGAUAAAUCUGGUCGUGGAAGAGCACCUCACGGAGUUCAGGAAGGUGACCGAGUUGAUGCAGCUGAUGUAGUUGACCGAGAUGAUGGCGUCUCCGAUGAAGGGGAAGACGCAGACAGGGGGUCCGCCUACGCUAGUGCCGUGGAGAAGGGUUCCCUUCGAGGGGAUAGCCUUCCACUGACGCAAGCCAAGUCGGGCGGCCGCCAAAGCAAGAAGUCCUUCGUAGGGCACAGAAACCUGCGGUACUACCGACACUGGGGUGACUACUACCAGUACUGUCCCGUGACCUACGUCAACGAGAGGAGGUUUGUCAAGGGAAAGAAACAGUUCAUGGCGACUUACAAGAAUAAGAUGUACCUGCUAGACAGCGCUUCAAAAAUGAGGGAGUUUCUGAUGUAUCCGAAAUUUUACACCAGCAAUAAGAUAAAGGAAAACAUAAGCUUUACUAUGGUUAUUUAUUUUUCCAGUAUGGACGUACAGAAGAAAGUGAUGAACGUUGUCAGGGAGACAGAGCGGGUGGUGCACAUCGACUUGGAGGAUUACUUCCAGAGGUUCUUCCUCUCGCUGGAGGAUCUGACCUGUGAGGAGGGGAAGGGGGUGGAAAAGGGGGGACAAGACGGAGCAGAGAACCCAGUCAGGGAAACUCACCCCAACGUAGACUCCUACCUGUUCGAGAUAAAUCGGCUCGUGGAGGGAAAAACCGUGUCGCCCCUCUUCAUCGUCCGGUACCUGUGCAUGCGUAUGAACAAGGAACACUACUUCAAUGUGUUCGUCCUGCGGCAAGUGGAGGAAGGGCUCCACGAACUGAGGCGGCACAUUGAACGCGUCUUUAGUGGAGGGAGCGCAAAUGGGGUGGCCUCUAAGGGAGAGGACUCUCCAGGGGAUGACCCUACAGAGGAAGAUCCUACAGAGGGGGACUCCCCAGAGGAUGACCCUACAGAGGAUGACCCUACAGAGGAUUCUCCCCCAGAGGACAAUCCUACGGAGGAUGCCUCUCAGAAAAGAAUCUCCCUAAAGGCAGUUAAAAUCAAGGCCCUCCACAGCCUGCUAAUAGGGAAAGGUAGCUCCUCGAAGACGAACGUCCAAUUCAUCUCCUUGGUGGACGACCUAUUUAGAUGCACCACGUUGAGCAGCAUAAACAAGACGAUUGAGGAGUUACUCUGUGUUAUCUCGAUGCAGGUGGAGGAGGAAAAUGGGAACUACGCCAAGGAGUUAGAAAGGCGAAGUGACUACCAGUGGAGGCAACCCUCCUUAGGUGAUUCACCAUCGAGGACAACCCCUCAAAGCACUCACUUCAUCAUAACGGGGCUCCCCUUGAAUAGAAAAGUAUACGAGUUCCUAAAGAAAGUGAACCUCCAGAUAGACACGAUCAUCGCAUUUGAUGUGAAGAAGGAGGAGAAACAAAUGAGACAGGACAUACAUCAGGGAAUACUCGGACGAACCGGGAUGAGCAGCGAUGAUCUAUGCGAAAUGACGUGGAGACACGACUCCAUGUAUGUUUGUAGUAGGCAUUACAAAAAAGAGAUUAAACGUUUGAGGAGAGCAAAGUACCAAGUCCACUACCUCAAAAUGGGCAACGAGACGAACGUUAGCCAUUACGCGAAUGAAGUGAGGAAGCUGAUGAACCCGUACGUGCAUUCCUAUUAUGACUAUAGUGAGGUGCUGAGGGAUAAGACUCUGGCAAGUAAGCUAAACUGCUCCUUCACCAAUGUGUAUUGCCCCUAUCUUGUAUCGAAGCAUAACUGGUUGUACAAAAGCGGAAAGGGGGUAAAGCUAGUCUAUGGGGGGAAGGUCCACCACUUGUCCAAUAUGUAUAAUGCGUUCCACUUCUUCCAAAGGAACGAGUCAUUUUGGGGAGAAUUCUCUGUGCCUCCUUUGAGAGUGCUACUUCUAACUGAUGAGGGGUGCCAUUUUGAAAAAGAGAUUAAGACCAUUGCAUGCAAAUUGUUUCUUCAAUGUGUGGACAUACAGAAGGAGUUCACCAACAUAUUUGGACCCACCUGUUUUUACAUUCUCAAAUAUGUCUACUUUUUCAAGCUUACGGAUGGAAUGAACCGGAAGAAGAGGAAGGACGUACUGGGAAAGUUCCUCUUUUGUUCUAAUUGGCUAGCUAAAUUUCAUGAUUGUGAAAUUGAGCUGAACAAGGCAGAUGUGGAAUAUUUAGAGAACAACCUACGUUUCGUGAACCCCUCGGAGGAGUACUCACUGGAGGAAGAACAGCAGAUGUUGGACGUGUUGUUUUCUCGCGUCAAGCCGGUGAAUCUCGUUUUGAACGUAGCUAAAAUUGUGGCGAUGCGUGUCGUCCUGCAUGAGAAGCUGGAAAUGUGCAUCAUUAGGUUCGUCCCAAAAGGCGGCGGACUGUUCAGCGCGGGGUCUGGCGAGGAGGUGAGACAUUGCCUGGAGAGGCUCCACAGGGGGAGGAGCCUGCAGGGAAAUCUCCAUCCAAGUGUAGAUCCAUGUCUAAAUCCAGGUGUAGAGCCAACUGUACCGCGAAGUGUACCGCGAGAUUUACAUAGGCGCGUCGCUGAACGUGGUGCCGACGAGGUGGACCUCCCCCCCCACGUAGGAGACUCCUCCGAUGAGGCCCCCUCCGAGAGAACGGCUUCCCAAAGUGGCGCCAACUCAGAUGGUGACCCCUACGCCUACCUCGCGGACAGCCCAAAGGUAGAACAAAUUAAAAAAUGUUUUCUAAAAAAAAACGAAAAGGAGUUACUAAACAGUAAGUAUAACUUCUUGGUAGAGAAGGGGUUGAACUCUUUUGAGAAAAUUCUGAAAUGCUCCUUUAGGAUCCCUGAGCAUGUGAUUUAUUUGAAGUGUGGCCUGAAAGCGUCGUGGGAAAAGGCGGGUUACUUCAACCAGGGAGAGCCAAGCCGCAGUGAAGCAGAUGAUCUAAAGAAGGAACCAGUCAGGGGAGACAACUCCAAGGGGGAAAAGAAGGGACAAACGAAGCAGCCAUUUGCGGAGGUAGAAAAAAAGCUACUCAGCAAAAUAAAAAAGACGUCGAAGAGAAACCAGCAAGUCAUUAACCGAUUGAGAGAUAACACAAAUGUGUGGUGCAUCGACGCAGGGAAAAUACACGUGACCAAGGUGAAGACAUCCAUAGAGACAAAGCUCAGAGGAAUACUCCAACAUAGGAACAGUCUCUUCCAUCAGAAGAACAUAAAGAGGGUAGACAAACUAUGGGCCCAGUUUUUAAAAAAAAAUAACUAUGCCAAAUUGUCUGCUUUUUAUUACUACUCUCCGGUCAAUAUCGAUAGCAUCGUGGACAUCGACACGGAGCACCUUCUUCUGUACAAUUCGUUUUUAUUUUAUUUCAAAACGGAGGAGGAGUUGGACACAUUUAGCAAGGACCCCAUUGGUUACUUAAUACAGAUGAAACCAGACCCCUGCUUUGUGCCCCCCUUCAUACUUGUGUACUCGGAUGGAAAAAUGGAGGACUUGUACGAUGAGCUGGCGAGGAACACCAAGUGUGCGGUGAUUCAUCCGCAAAAUUUACUCUCCUUCGGUUUCCAAAUCGGGAAAUUUAAACAACUUAUGCGGACGAAGCGCCUGACCGAUGCGGACAUCAUGGAACUGCUGCGCAUUCGGAUGAAUCAGUACGAUGUCCUCGCCCACGGGUGCAUCCUCUGCAACCUCCCCUAUAGCAGGUUCCAACUGGAGCAUCUCCUCAAGGAGAAAAAAAUCCCACACUUGGUUUUUAUACUGCACAGGGGGGAGGGGCAGCCACGAAUGGAAGCGGCACGCCCAGAAAAUGCUGCGUCCCAGAAGGCCGCCUUCCAAAAUGCCGCGUCCGAGAAGGCAGCCCCCCAAACGAUGGGCAAAAAACCUAAGCACAGAGAGGAAGGUAUGCCCUGCCCGCGCACUGAGGGAACAUUCCCGCAGUACUACCCAUUUGUGAAGUACAUCGAGAAAAUCUUCAAGCCAAAAUAUAACAAUGUCAUCCACGUAGAACACACAAAUGUGUGGAAAAUGAAAUGCAAACUGACGAACGACAUAGAGAAGACGAUAGAAAACUACCAAAGAUACAACCGAUACAAGUACAACCACAAGACGGCCUACUUCAAAGGGUUCAAUAUUGAAGAAAGGGAAAAUUACGAACAGGAAAUAAAGUUUGAUAAGUACUGCAUAGUUACCUAUAAGGAGAAAAACAUUUUACAAAAAUGCAACAUAUACGAUCACUACACAGUGAACCAUGACGGGCGCUUCUACCUAGUGAGUGGUCCCGACGAGGUGGCUAUGUUCGAGAAGAACCCCACGGAGUUCACCGUCAUAGAGAAACCAUUGGCUACAUUCGAAAAAGUAGAUAAAGUGGAAGAAAACGAGAAGAUCGAAAAUGAAGGCUUCUGCCUGGUGAGCUUGAGAGACCAAAACGAUUUCGUCAAGGGGGAUAAACAGUGCUGCAUAAAGUACCAACAAAAACUUUACCUCUUCCAGAAUGAAGAGAAAAUGGAAAAGUUUGUGACUAACCAUGGGGACUACUUAAACAAUCAAAACAUUUUCGAAAUUAUUUUUGAAAAAAUGAAAAACCAAAAUGAUGUCACUACGAUGGUUUAUCUGAAGACAUACUUGUAUGACAUCCUGUGUGAGGCGCUGUACGAGUUAGGAAAACACCGACCCCUCUACCCGGGCCUGAGCGUAAAGCUCAGUGCCAUUAAAUUUCUGGCCUUCUUCUUCUACAAGGAAAACAAACUCUUUUCAGCCCCGUUGAGGAGGUCUUAUGAAAAGAACUUCCGCUCCUUCCUAAGUGACUGCCAAAUACCCAUACAUAUACAGAAACUCAGGGAGAAGUUUCAAACCAGUUGUACUAGCAAAAACCAGGACAUACGGAAGCCCACCAGGAAGUGGACCAAGCGGGACGUGGAGAAAUAUGAAUCGUUCGUAAAUCUGUAUGAUAAGAUAUUGUACUCGCAGAGGUGGGCAAGGGAGGACUGA